CUAUUUUUAAAUACCAAAUUUAAUUUUUAUAAAAAAAUUAUGAACAUCUAUGUUUUUGGAAGAUAUUUCUUUUGUUUGGAAUUUCAAAUCUGCAUUGUAUAGUUUACUAUCUUCUCAACAAUUUCAUUUGUAUACCAAUUUGACAAUUUUUUUUACAUUGACAUCAACAUGUUUUUAGAAUUUUGAAAAAUAUGAAACCUCUGGCUUCAUUGGUUGGACUGAUCUUGUCAUUUUUGUUUGGAACAUUGACUUUAUAUUUUGUGUCAACAUUUUUACCAAGUUCGAAUGGGAAGUAUGUGUUGUCGUUUCCAAGCAAUCUAGAGAACGUGAAAAGUUUGGUGGAGUUUUUUAAAGAUUACAAGAAGGAACACCAGUCAGCUGUUGUACUGAUGUUUUGUACUGCUUAUCUUUAUAAACAAACGUUUGCAAUACCUGGCUCUGUUUUCAUGAAUCUGUUAGCUGGUGCAUUGUUUGGACUUGAAAAAUCAGUUGUAAUCACGUGUUUGCUUACUGCCUGUGGUGCGUCGUUAUGUUUCAUGUUAUCCAAAUGUUUUGGAAGAAGUAUACUGCUAUAUUAUUUUCCAGACCGAAUUAAAACAUUAGAGGAAAAGGUUCAUACCAGUGAAGACGGUUUAUUCUUCUUCUUGCUUUCUUUGCGAUUGUUUCCAAUGUCUCCCAAUUGGUUUCUCAACAUGGCCUCACCUAUUUUGGGGAUUCCGAUGACAUAUUUUUUCCCAUCAGUAUGCAUAGGUUUGAUGCCAUACAAUUUCAUUUGUUGUCAAACGGGUUGCAUUUUGUCUGAAGUAACAUCUCUAAAUGACAUUCUAACUCCAAAUAUCAUGCUCAAAAUGAGCCUUGUUGCUGUCUGCGCUGCAUUACCUGGUGUUGCUGCCAAAGUGUACAAGGUAAAAGCGAAGCGACAAUAGACAAGAUGAUGUUAGAAAUAAAUAUUAUUAUGAAAUGAAAAUUUUUUUGAAAAAAUAUGUGCAGAUCAACGUACAUUUUUUGUUAUAUCUACGUCAAAUUAAUUAGAUUUGAUCGCUUCAUGUUUUUGAAAAGUUACGAUCCACAUAAUGUUCUGUAAGUAUAUUGACUUUUUAUCGUUUUGUUAGUUUAUUUACUUUUUAUAAUAUGUAAUAUAUUUUUAUAAUAUAUAUUAUAUUUCAUAAAAUUGUUCACUUAGAUAAAAUAAGUUAUUUGUAAUGACUUUUGAACUUUUUGACAUUUAUCCCAAAAAUUAUUCAAUAUUUUUUUAGAAAUACCUCGCAAUUUCAUCUAAGUAAA